UCCGCCGGGCGCCUCCAUUUUCGGCGCUCUCCCUGGCGGCUUCGCAAUGCGCACGGACCGCGUUGACACCCCGCACUGAGCAGCGCAGGCAGGACAGGAGCGCACUAUGGCCUUGGUGACCUUUGAGGACGUGGCUGUGCGCUUCACCCAAGAAGAGUGGGCUUUGCUGGAUCCUUCCCAGAAGAUUCUCUACAGAGAUGUGAUGCGGGAAACCUAUAGGAAUCUGACUUCUGUAGGUAUAAACUGGGAAUGCUGGGAUUUGGAAGCUUGUUUCAGAAGUCUAGGGAGAAAUCUGAGAGUCCAGGUGGUAAAGAGAAAGUGUGAACUUACAAACAGUGGCCCGGGUGCAGAAACAGUUGUCCAGCCAAAGCUUCCUGAAUGUCGCACCGCCAUUCAGUCAUCCCUGAAGAGGCCCGCUACAUCCAACUCUAAGUACAGACCAUGUGACUAUCAGAAAUACGUAAAGAAAUACUAUGAAUGUAAAAUGUGUGGUAAAGUCUUUAUGUGCCUUGGCUCCCUUAAGAAACAUAGAAAGACCCACAGCGGAGAGAAGCCGUAUAAAUGUAAAUACUGCGAGAAGGCCUUUAGUUACCGCUACUGUGUUGACAGGCACAUGCUCACUCACAACGCAGACAGGUAUAAGUGCAGGGUAUGCAGAAAGACAUUCUCUAACGCCAUUGCCCUUAGGGAACAUAAAGCGAUUCACUCCGGAGAGAUACCUGAAUGUAAGGAAUGUGGAAGAAUGUUCUGGACUUCCAGUUCCCUAGACUUGCAUAAAAGGCUUCAUACUACAGAAAAACUGUAUGAAUGUAAACACUGCGGGAAAGCCUUCACCGGUUACUGUUCUUUUCAACUGCAUAAGAGGACUCACACUGGGGAGAAACCUUAUGAAUGCAAGCAGUGUGGGAAAACCUUCAGACACUCCAGCCAUGUUCAAGCACAUAAGCGAAUUCACACUGGAGAGAAGCCGUAUGAAUGUAUGCAGUGUGGGAAGACCUUCACUUCUGGCCACUGUGCAAGGAGACAUCUAGGGACGCACAGUGGAGCCUGGCCUUACAAGUGUGAGGUGUGCGGGAAAGCUUACCCCUAUGUCUAUUCCCUUCGAAACCACAAGAAGUGCCACAAUGAAGAAAAGCUGUACGGAUGCAAACAAUGUGGGAAAGCCUUUAAAUGUAUUUCUUCCUUACGCAACCAUGAGACCACUCACACUGGAGAGAAGCCGUAUGAAUGUAAGGAGUGUGGGAAGGCCUUCAGUUGUCCCAGUUACAUUCAGAAUCACAUGAGAACACACAAAAGGCAGGCCUAUGAGUGUAAGGAGUGUGGCAAGGUGUUCUCAUACUCCAAAAGUCUUCGGAGGCACAUGGCUACACACAGUUAAUAGGAGGAGGAUCGUCUGACUUAAAUACUUACACCGAAGAGCUCCGCACAUUCCAGCUCCUCGUUAAAAAAAGAAAAAAAAAUGGCAGUGGAAAGCGAGCCUCUGAACGCAGUGUGUGUGCCAAAGGCCCAGUGUUUGCCACGGUUUGUGUGACAGACCUCAUGGUUUGUGUGACAAAGCCUCUGAGUUGAAAGAACACCAGGAAGAGGUUCAUCUCUCAGGACGUACUGCUGAGGGCUUCCACAGAGAGAACUCGGGAAGCUUUCUGGCCAUCCUUGCUAGCACACAUGGGAAGACAUGGUGAAGAGAAAGAGAUCUGUGUCUGUUAGCCUCUCCCACCCUACCUUGUAGCAAAGUCUUAAGUCAGGUGCCGUGUUACGCGCGUGACCCGCCACUGACACGAAUCCGUAAAUGAAGAGAAUUGUUGGAUUCUUGCCAAGUUAACAAAUGUUUUCAAACCCACGAAGUGAGUUCCCAAAUCUCAUGAACCUAAGAAGUAUAAAACCUGCUGAUCCAGUGCUGCUAGAAGCCAUGAUGGGACAGUGGUGACAGUGGCCUGUGGUUUCUCUCGGUAGCUCACUGCUAAAUGUGUCAGUGUACUGUGGACUUCUGAUUCUUAGUCAUAAUUCGGUUGGUAUUUGGGGAGUUCCAAAUAUGCAUACUGUCUUGAUUAUGUCUACCCAAAGUCACCCCAGACA